UUCCAAAAGGUGCUAGCCAAAAUUUCAAAAAAUUUUCUUCUGCAAUUACCAUUAACCUCAACUCCACCUAUUAUUCCACUAUUAUUCCUAUUUCCACCCAAUUAUUCCAGCAUUAUGCCUCAUGUGAGGAAGCCCCUAUUAUUCUUCAAAUUAUGCUGGCAUAAUAGGCUCACCCCCCUACACAGAAGACAGCAGCGAGACAGCAGAUUGAACACAGAAGAUAGAAGAAGUUUAGUAGAUCCUGCUUAAGACUGUUCUUUUAGGAAUGUCAACAACAGAAGAGGAAGAGUUUCAGCCAUCAGAAAGAGACAAUCACUCAACAGUGAGGGUAGGGGACAACCUUUACAUGUGGGGAGGAUAUCAAAGAAGCCUCACGUACGAACACGGGAGCGACCGAAAGAGAGAGAUCACAUCAGUUGUUGAAAAGUUCAACCUACCAACCGGAAAAUGGGAGCAAAAAUCAACCAGCAACAACCCUCCACUAGGAGUACGGGGCUAUGCAUCAGCUUGUAUUGAGAACGAAAUAUUCUAUUUUGGAGGAGCUUGCAAUCAUGACAAUUGCCAUCACAAUAGCUUGCAUAGUUUAGAUGUCAAUACUCUCAAAUGGAAAGAAGUUGCAAGAACUUCUUCUACUUCAGGGCCUAUGCAAAAGAGAUGUGGAGCAAUGCUUGCAUUAGAGUUUAAGAAAGGAGAUGGCAGCUGUCUUGCAGUAGUGGGUGGAUAUGGUCCUGUCAAUGAUAAUACUCCAGUGCAAGUAGGUGCUAUGUAUAGCAGGGAUGAAGCUGAUGAUAGCUAUCAAUACUGCAAUGAGAUUCAUUAUUAUUCUCUGAAUAAAAGACAAUGGCUCUCCCCAACUGUUACUGGAGACAGGCUACCUCCUAUUAGUAAGUUCACUCUGACUCCAGUGACUGCUGACAGUGCCAUAUUGUUUGGAGGUAUCACUCCUGAUGGCCCAAGCAACAGACUUUAUACUUUAAAGUUUAAGGAAUCAGAAGUGGAAAUAAGAGAAAUUCCCAAUCCUGGUGGAUCUGACCCAUGGCCUACUGAAAGAGACAAUCAUUCCAGUGUCCUCAUUGAUAACGGAUCAUCAGGUCCACUGUUACUGGUUAUGGGUGGAAUGGAUAUGAGUGACUGCUGGAUUCUGGACAUAAAUAGAAGAUCAUGGAAGCAAUUGGAUACACUAGAAGAUGAUAUCACCGAAAGAUAUGAUUAUUCUAUGUCAGUUUAUAACGUGACUCCAUCUAUUAGCUGGGUAGUCGUGUAUGGAGGGAUUGGAGGGGGACAGCCAUGGUCAAUACUUAAGGACACUAAUGUCCUUGAAAUUGAAUAUAGUAAUGAUGAGUUACGUGUUGGUGCAGUUCCUUUGGACCAGUAUGAAUUUGAGCUGAAUAAAAAAUACAUUGAUAAAUGGUGCAGUGAAGGUUCUGUAGAGCUAAAACUAACACGAGUCCAAAUGCUGGGUCAUCCAGGCUCUGGUAAAACUUGUGCACAACAUCUUUUGCUAAAUGAAGACCCACCAUACUAUGUACCAGCUAGCAAUCCUUCAACUAGCCAGGUUUCAGCACGCAUUGCUGAGUCUAGUCCUACUACUGAGAGCACACCAAUAGCUUGUAAAGCUGUCAAAGCUUUAAGAAUAUCUAUUGAUGAUGAGGGCUUGCAGAGAGUUCAAAGUGAUGAUCUACUCGGGAAAUUAGCAGCUGAUUUAAAGAAAGUGGUGGAAAAGGCUCUAGCAGAUCUCCAGGAAAAGGAGACUGAAGAAGUUGACUAUUCUCUGCAACCACAAGAGUCUAGAGCUACACCAGAUGAGGAGAGGGUGGCUAUAAGUAACAGUGAAGAAGCUGCUAACACUGGAAGCACUGGAAUAAGUGAUCUAAGAAGGAAUGAAGAUGUGAGAGGCAUUGAAGACAACAGCGAAAUGAGACAAGACUCUUUUUCUGAAUCACCACAAAAGAAGUUUAAAGCAUCGCUAGAAGAAUCCGACAUUCUUGAAAAUAUUUCUAAUCUCAUUACCAAAGCAAAAGCCACCAAGUUAAGCCGUGAGUGGGUGUAUAUCAUUGAUUCCGGUGGUCAGCCAGCAUUCCAAGAGCUCUUACCAUUGUUUACAAGAGCAGCAUCUCUCACCCUAAUCACUCUAGAUAUCUCUAAAGAUCUGGAAGAUGAAAUCACUAUUGAGUAUCGCAUUAAGGGUGAAGCGUUUAGUUAUGAUCAAGAGCCAGUUCAUACAAAUCUUGAAGUUUUUAAGUCUGCCGUUUCUUCUGGGGCCAUCUAUCAAAACCCGCUUGUUAGCGUAGCAGAUCACCCAAACCACUCAAUGUUUUUCAUAUUGGGUACCCAUUUUGAUGUUUUUAAAGAAAAGUACAAGGAUGAAAUUGAGCACGAGUGUAAGUUGAAAGAAAUGAAUGAAAGGCUCGCAUCUUCAUUUCCAUCUAGCUUCAUAGAAGAGUUUGUUAUUUGUGACGAACAAAAUGAUUGUGUCAUAUUCCCAUUCAACACACUGCUGGAAGGUGCAGAGAGAAAGAAAGCUAGUAAGGAGCUCUCAAAUGCUAUAUCAAAACGUGGGGAAGUUUCCUUUACAAUUGAAGUUCCAAUUCGAUGGUUUGCUCUGGAGCUUCAGUUAGAGAAGAAAGCAGAAUUGAGAGGAUUCAUUUCAAAAGAGGAAGCCAUUGCAGAAGGCGAGAGGCUUAACAUGACUGGCAUUGAUGUUGAAAGAGCUUUAAAAUAUCUCCACAAUUGCACUAUCAUCCUUUACUACCCUGAGGUUGAGCCACAAUUAGUAUUUCUCAAACCUCAGGUCAUUAUCGAUGUUCUUUCACAUCUACUGGUACUCAAAUAUAGAAAAGACAAGCUAGUGCGACUCCUUGCUGAGUCUGUCACGUCAAAAGAAACAACUGAUAUUGCUCGUCACGGAAAAUUCAGGGAGACUCUCCUGGAAAAGUUAGACAAGUUUACUGGAGAGUUUACACCAAAAUACUUCAUUAAUCUGCUAAACCAUCUUCACAUUAUUGCCGAAUUGCCAAAAGAUGCAACAACAGGGGAGCAAACAUAUUUUCUUCCUUGCGCUCUACCGCCCUAUGAAACCAGCACUUUUGAAAUUCCUGUAUCAACAAUAAAGCCACUUCGUCUUUUGUGGAGAAAAGAAAUUUCCCGAUGGGAGUCAACAGUUACUGUCUGUGUUCCUCGAGGAAGCUUCCAUCUAAUGAUUGUCCACUUGCUCAAACAGAAAAGAUAUAAAGUGAUACUUAGUAGCCAGUCCCAGCAGUACCGUAAUGCAGUCACACUAUUGGUUUCCUUUCUACCUCCAAGAAAAGAAAAAUUUUAUAUCGUUAAUCGCAACAAGUAUCUUGAAAUCACAUAUAUUGGGUCUCAAGGAUACUGUCCUGCUCUUCUGGAAUUGGUUAAAGUUGCUGUCAAGGAGAGCGUUGCAGCAAUCAAUGUGUCAUGUGGUGAGCUAUGCACUGCAUUCGCUUGUCUAGAAGAUGGUAAUUGUAUUGUGGAUGAAGAGGGUGAACCAAUGGAGUGCCCUGAUGCAAAGGGUCAUAGUUAUUGUAAACCUUUUAAUGAUGACAGAUACUUGUGCUGGUUUAAGAAUUCAGAUUCAGUGGCUACUCCUACAGUGACAUCAAAUGGUGAUAGAUUACCAGGAGGAACUACAAUACUGAAUGAAAGCCAUAAACCUUUAAUACUUGAAGCUCUUAGGAAGGUAGUGUCUCAAUGGAAGAGAAUAGGGAUACAGUUAGGUAUAGAAAAGCACGAACUAGAAGCAAUAGAGUAUAAUCGUCGUUACCAAGUGGAAAACCAAGUACAAGACUGCCGAAAGGAUAUGGUUAAUCUUUGGAUAAAGACUGGAACUGCUACAAAACAAAGAUUAAUAGAAGCACUUGAAGCAGAAGGAUUACAAGAAGAUGCUGAUGAAUUAAAAUAAUUACAAUUUUAAUCUCAUAGUUUAGCUACAUACAAAAUUUAUCAUCAUAAAAUUUGAGCAUUAAUAGUAUGUGUUAAUAAGGUUUCCCAUAAAGCAUGCUGUAAGUGAGCUAAAAAGUA